AUGAAAGAAAAUAAACAAGAAGACAAACCAGGCUCUCUCAGUUCUAACCAAUAUAGCAAUUAUGCCGAUUAUUUAAAAAGUUUCGUUGAUUAUUUCAAAAAUAAUGGUGUUUCUCUUUAUGCAAUUUCGAUAAUUAAUGAACCUGAUUUUGCUUUACAAGUAACUUAUAAUACAAUGAGUUUUACAACAGAUCAAAUGAAAAAUUUUUUAAAAAAUUUUGCGCAAAGAAUUAAAUCGGGAGGCAAUAUAAAGAUUAUGGCACCCGAAACUUAUGGAUAUAAAACAGAUAUGAAUGAUGCAAUUUUGAACGACCCUCAAUCAGCUGCCGUAGUUGAUAUUGAUGCAAUUCAUGCAUAUGGAUUUUCUAUGAAACCCCAACCUUUAGUAAAAAAAUCUGAAAAGCAAUUUUGGAUGACCGAACAUUCAAUUGAUGGAAAUGACUUUAAUAGUGUUAUGAAAACAGCCGAAGAUAUUCACAAUUGUAUGGCAAAGGCUGAAUUUAAUGCCUAUAUUCAUUGGUGGUUAAGAGAUACAAAUCCAAAUCCUUCCUCAAAUAUGAUGCUUUUAUUUCAAAAUAUGCAAUUAACGCCUAAAGCUUUUGUUAUUGGGCAUUUUGCAAAAUUUAUUAGACCAGGAUACUUUAGAGUUAAUUCAGUCAGUUCUAAUAAUAAUAAUUUGCUUGUGAGUGCAUACACAGGGAAUGGAAAGGUAGUAAUUGUAGCAAUAAAUAUAGGAUCCUCGCCUAUAUCACAACAAUUUUCAAUUAAUGGUGGAACAUUACUAUCUUCAUUUAGUUCAUAUAUUACUUCUCAAGGCAAAAAUUUCCAACAACAAAAUAACAUAAAAGUAACAGGAGGAUCAUUUACAUAUUCAUUUCCAUCACAAAGUGUAACUACUUUAGUUUCAGUUUAA